AUGUUCGAAUAUUUCAGCCCGAAGUGUCCCGGACAUCCAUUCACCUUCAAUAGUCUCUCAACGUGCGACAAAAUGGGACGCGGGAGUCCUCCGUGGGUCCUUGCGGCCUUCGGUUUCCUUUUAUUAUUCAACUUUUGCAACACAACCACCGACGAUAAGAAUGACCCGACUGGAAAGUCCUCAUUGGCUUUCGUGUUCGACAUCACCGGAUCCAUGUUUGACGAUUUGGUGCAAGUCCGUGAAGGAGCCGCGAAGAUCUUCAAAACGGUGAUGGCCCAGAGAGAAAAACUGAUCUACAACUACAUCAUGGUACCGUUCCACGAUCCAUGUAAGUUUUUGGUGGGAGGGGGAAUUCUGAGGGUUGUGAAAUUAAAAAAAAUAUAUUUACACACGAUACGCUUGUGAUUGUGAUUCACGUGAGCAGAUUGCAAUUAAUCUUGGACUCCUCGUACUGGCGUUUUGUUGCGACGAUUAGAUAUCCCCUCUCUGAUUCAUCGCCUGCAUACACAUGCUCGUGGAGCAUGAAAAAAAAACGCGCACAAAUUAGUUGAAGUUUGAUCAGAUUCUCAGAUUCCGAUCGGUUCUUGAAACUCGUUGGGUCUCAAACUCUUGACGAGACGCCAUCAAUCGUGCCGUUUGAAAUAUAGCCUUGCCACAACAACUGUCCAGUAGCCGAACCUCACUGCCAAAUAAAAAAAAGCGGAACAGGCGGAGAGCAGAGUGUCAUCAGGCUCUCUGGCGCCCGUGUUACACUUCCGCGGAGCAAAAGAAUCGGAACCGAAGGACUUUUCAUCAAUUCCUUCACCUUUGGAGCAACUGGGAGAUAAAUGGGGUCAAACACUCACGUUCACGGGGGAUCUGAGAAAUAAAGCGAAAAUCUAAUGGAAUUUCAGAUUUGGGCGAGAUCAUCAAUACCACCGACUCGACGUAUUUUAUGCGACAGCUCAGCAAAGUGUACGUUCACGGAGGAGGAGAUUGUCCAGAGAAAACUUUGACCGGUAUGCUUUUAGUUUUCAGUUCUUCAUUAAUUUUCCCUCUUUUCUCUUCCUCUUCCUUAUACACUCAACCUAGAGGUCGCAUUGUUUGUUUUGCUAGCAGAUCCUUUUCCUUGUCAAAAUGUUGCCAAAAGUUGUGAGAAGAGACGGAAUUGUGUGUGAAAUGCGCGUCGUCUCGCGCAAUUGGGCUUCGUUUCGUUGAAAGCGAAGCGGUCUGACGCAAUGGGCCCUGACACCUGCUGGACUGCCGAAAACGGUCUGUGAAAGGAGGUGUUGAGUCAGCAAGCGGGACCGGGGCUCGGAGUGAAUGCAAGACGUUAAUUGACGGUUUUGUUAGCGUUUCUCUUUGAUUGGAUUUUAACCAGAAAAGUAUAGCUGUGAAGCUGACGUAGGGGAAACAGAGCAUAUUUGUCAGGGACCAAAACGACUUUGUUCUGUUCGCUUUGUUCGUUUUCCAAGUGCCAUCUAUCACGGUGUCCAAUGAAAACCACAUGGCGUAAACGUCCGCAGCCCGCAAUCCGGUGACCCCAAAUCGUUAAAAUUCCCAUAGCAUACUAACAAUUUUCUCUGAUCUUUCUCUUCGCAUAUUGUAGUUAUUAUAGUAACUGCUGCACGUUCGUUCGGCGCCCUCACGGAAUGAUUGAAAUAUAACACCAGAUGUAACUGAUCAGCUUCUGCAUUUCGAAUUCUAACCCCCUUGGGAUUUUGAUUUUGUGUAAAUUUAUUGAAAUUCGAGAUGAAAGUACCGUGGGGGGGAUAGAAGUUUACAGAAGGGGAACACCACUGGACAACAGGCGGCGUUGUAAAUCCUACCGCUGCUAUCAUAAUAUUUGCGCGCUUUACAACUGCGUCUGGCAUAUUAGUGUUGCGCAACUCUAGUAGGCGGGAUGGAGGACAGAAAAAGAGAACAAGACGGGACUCGUACAUAUUAUUUAAAAAAAAACAUUUUUCCAGGUAUUCUGAAAGCCCUUCAAAUCGCUCUGCCUUCCUCGUUCAUCUACGUUUUCACGGACGCCCGUUCGAAAGAUUAUCACUUAGAAGAUGAUGUGCUCAAUACAAUUCAAGAAAAACAAUCUUCUGUGGUAUUCGUGAUGACCGGAGACUGCGGAAACCGUACCCAUCCCGGAUUCCGUACCUACGAAAAAAUUGCCGCCGCCUCGUUCGGACAAGUGUUUCACUUGGAGAAAAGUGACGUCAGCACUGUUUUGGAGUAUGUGAGACAUGCUGUGAAACAGAAGAAAGUGCACAUGAUGUACGAGGCCCGUGAGCGUGGAGGUAUGGUUUCUCGAGCGAUCCCCGUGGACAAGCACCUUUCGGAACUCACUAUUUCUCUUUCUGGAGAUAAAGAUGAUUCUGAUAACUUGGACAUUGUACUCCGUGAUCCGGAAGGCCGAACUGUUGACAAACGAUUGUACAGCAAGGAGGGAGGAACAAUCGACUUAAAAAACGUAAAAUUGAUCCGUCUGAAAGACCCGACUCCUGGAAUUUGGACAGUCAACACCAACUCUAGACUGAAGCACACCAUCCGUGUGUUCGGACAUGGAUCCGUAGACUUCAAGUACGGUUUUGCUUCCCGUCCGCUGGAUCGGAUUGAGCUGACUCGUCCAAGACCAGUUCUCAAUCAAGAUACUUACUUGCUGGUCAACAUGACGGGGUUGAUUCCGCCCGGCACUGUUGGAGAGAUUGAUCUCGUCGAUUAUCAUGGUAUCAUAUAUUCGUUUUCGGGUGAUAAUAACUUAUUCUUUUUCAGGCCACAGUCUUUACAACGCAGUUGCUUCUCCGCACCGUACAAACCCCAAUAUGUACUUUGUCGGACCGUUCGUUCCGCCAAAAGGACUGUUCUUUGUCCGUGUCAGUGGAUAUGAUGAGGAAAAUUACGAGUUUCGUCGAAUUGCUCCCACAGCCAUUGGAAGUGUUGUUGUCGGAGGGCCACGAGCAUUUUUGGCACCAUACCAUCAAGAAUUCGUUGGAAAGGAUCUCAAUCUCAGUUGCACUGUGGAAAGCGCAUCACCUUACACAAUCUACUGGGUCAAAUCUGGAGAAGGUUUCAUCGGAGGUCCACUUUUCUAUCAGUAAGUUGCACAGGUAGCAAGAAAAGUAAGCACUUCAUCAUUUCAGCAACACCGAUACUUCUGUCUGGACAAUUCCUGAACUUUCUCUCAAAGAUGCAGGAGAAUACGAAUGCCGCGUACUCUCGAACAACGGAAACUACAGUGUGAAAACUCGCGUUGAAACUAGAGAAUCACCGCCACUAAUCAUUGGAGCCCGCAAUGUCUCGGUCCCUCUUGGUGAAACCGCAUUCCUUCACUGCCCAACUCGUUCAGCAGGAGAAGUUGAAGUCAGGUGGACAAGAUACGGAGCCACUGUUUUCAACGGACCAAACACCGAACGCAACCCAAACAAUGGAACUUUGAAGAUCCAUCACGUGACGAGAGGAGAUGCGGGAGUGUACGAGUGCUUGGCUAGAAAUGCAGGGGGAAUGAGCACACAGAAAAUGAGAUUGGAUGUAAGUGAACUGAAAUUUAAAGUUUCGAAAAUAUGCAAUGCGUGGUAUUCUCAUUAUAGAUCAUGGAACCGCCGUCUGUAAAAGUGUCACCGUCGGAAAUAUACUUCAACAUGAGAGACAGCGUCAACAUCACCUGUGAAGCUAUCGGAGACCCCAAACCUGAAGUUCACUGGUAUCACAAGGGAAAGUUGAUUACCUCGGACUACAAGUAUAUUGUCGGAUUCGAAUCUAGUUAGUUUGCAUCUUCACCGGAUAUUCAGGAAUACAUUUUUGUUCAGAAUCUCUGUACAUCCGUGACGCAACUCAACAUGACGAGGGAACCUACGAAUGCAGAGCCAUGAGCCCAGCCGGCCAAGCACGUGACACUACCGAUCUGAUGUUGGCUUCUCCGCCAAAGGUCGAGAUCAUUCAGAACAAGAUGAUGGUCGGAAGAGGAGACCGAGUCUCUUUCGAAUGCAAAACCAUCCGAGGAAAACCUCUACCCAAGAUUAGAUGGUUCAAGAAUGGAAAAGAUCUCAUCAAACCAGAUGAUUACAUCAAAAUCACCGAGGGACAGUUGCACAUAAUGGGAGCCAAGGAUGAAGACGCUGGAGCCUACUCCUGUGUCGGAGAGAACAUGGCUGGAAAGGAUGUUCAAGUGGCCAAUCUGUCCGUCGGACGAGUUCCAACUAUUAUUGAGUCGCCACACACUGUCCGCGUGAACAUUGAGAGACAAGUCACUCUUCAAUGUCUUGCUGUCGGAAUUCCACCGCCGGAAAUCGAAUGGCAAAAGGGAAACGUGUUGGUCUCUUCUUUGAACAACGCAAGAUACACUCAACUUGCCGAUGGAAAUCUUCUGAUCACAGAUGCUCAGAUUGAAGAUCAGGGACAAUUCACUUGCAUUGCAAAGAACACUUACGGGCAGCAAUCCCAGACCACCACUCUCAUGGUUACUGGUCUUGUGUCUCCAGUUUUGGGACACGUGCCGCCGGAGGAGCAACUGAUUGAGGGACAAGAUUUGACUCUUUCAUGUGUGGUCGUGCUGGGAACACCCAAACCGACAAUUGUCUGGAUCAAGGAUAAUAAAACGGUAGAAGAAGGACCAACCAUCAAGGUGCAUAUUUCAUAAGGGGAACAUAAUCAAAUAGAUUUGAUUUCAGAUUGAAGGCGGGGGCUCGUUGCUCCGUCUGCGUGGAGGAAACCCGAAGGACGAAGGAAAGUACACUUGCAUCGCCGUGUCGCCAGCUGGAAACAGCACUCUUCACAUCAAUGUGCAACUCAUAAGUAAGUGAAAAACCGCAUGAUGCAUGGGUGAAAGAGAUGAAACACGAUGACGAGUGAUUUCUUCUACUCCUAUACUUUCUGCCCAAUUUUUGGUGACCAACCUCCCACUUUUCUUCUUUACUUGUCUUCAUUGCAUGAUGUGGUGUUUUACUGUUCAGAGAAGCCAGAGUUCGUGAUGCCCAUCGAGGGAGGCACUGUCAAACCAGUGGUUCCGGGAAUGGAAGAAAACCACGUGGCAACUGUAAACACUACGCACGAUGUGCUGGACGGCGAAGGAUUUGCUAUUCCUUGCGUGGUUUCCGGAAUGCCACCACCAAUUAUCACGUGGUACUUGGAUGGAAGACCAAUUGCGCCAAACAGCAAGGACUUUGUGGUUCUGGUAAGAAUAUUAAAACUUUUUUUGAAUUUAUUUCCAUUUCUAAAUUAAGGCUGACAACACACUUCUUGUCAAGAAAGCUGACAAAUCAUACUCGGGAGUGUACACGUGCCAAGCGACCAACAGCGCAGGUGACAAUGAGCAAAAAACGACCGUCCGGAUCAUGAGCACCCCGCUCAUCUCGCCGGGACAAAGUUCAUUCAACAUGGUCGUCAAUCAAUCCGUCACUAUCCCUUGCGAUGCGUUCGGAGAUCCAAAACCAAAAAUCACUUGGCUCUUGGAUGGAAACCCGUUCGUGGAGGGAACAACCAACGACGACGGAUCACUGACCAUCCCGGAAGUGAACGAGAAACACCGUGGAGUGUUCACUUGCCACGCACAAAACGCCGCCGGAAACGAUACUCGCGCCGUCACAUUGACCAUCCACACAACUCCAUUCAUCAAUGCUGAGGUAUCACAUACAUAGAAACUAAAACCCUUAAAGCAAUUUUGUUUGUUGCAGAACCAAGAAAAGACCGUGCUUCAAAACGAGACAAUCGUUCUGGAAUGCCCGGCUCAAGCGCUUCCGCCACCUGUCAGAACCUGGACGUAUGAAGGAGAGAAGAUUGACUCGCAGCUUAUCCCAGUACGCCUUUUCUACUUUUCGCGACAUUUGUUUUUAUUUUACUUUCAGCACACAAUUCGUGAAGAUGGAGCGUUGGUUCUGCUCAAUGUCAAACUGGAUAACACUGGAUUGUUUUCUUGUCAAGUGUCCAAUUUGGCCGGAGAAGACUCUCUCACUUAUAACCUUCAAGUAUGUUGUCUUUAUUUGGAAUAUGUUCAAAAGUUCACCCUGCUUAGGUCCAUGAAAAGCCGAAGAUCAUCUCCGAAACUCCCGGAACGGUGGAUGUUGUCAAAGGCUUCACCAUCGAGAUUCCUUGCAGAGCUACUGGAGUUCCAGAAGUUCUCAGAACCUGGACCAAGAACGGAAUUGAGCUCAACUUGGACGGAAAGAAGUUUGCGGUCGACAACUUUGGAACUCUGAGAAUCUAUGAAGCGGACAAGAACGAUAUUGGAAAUUACAACUGUGUGGUCACGAAUCAAGCCGGAACAAGCGAGAUGAGCACGAACGUAGUUGUCCAAGAGCCGCCAGUCAUUCUUCCAAACACCCAAGUCAACUACACGGCAGUCAUUGGAGAUCGAGUGGAACUCCGAUGCUACGUGGAUGCAUCACCACCUGCUGCGAUCACUUGGCUCAGAAGAGGAAUUGCGAUUGGAGAAGACACUAAGGGAUACAUGGUGGAGACGGACGGAACCUUGGUGAUUCAACAAGCUUCUCUGGAAGAUGCCACAAUCUACACUUGCAAAGCGUCUAAUCCAGCUGGAAAAACUGAAGCGUACCUUCAAGUAACCAUCAUUGCUGCUCCGGAUAUUCCUGACCAAGACGUGGUUGUUCAAGAAUCGGUCAAGGAGACACAGCCAUUCUCCCUCUACUGCCCAGUCUUCAGCACUCCGUUGCCACAGGUAAAUUUGAGAAGAAUUUCAGAGAAAAAACAAUAAUUUCUUCUAGAUAUCCUGGUACCUCAACGAGAAACCGCUUCUUGACGAUAGCGGUUGGAAGUUGUCCGAUGACAAGCGCAAACUUCACGUUUUCAAGGUAAAUUUUUUUCAGCGAACAUCUUUUUUCAUACAUUCAACAUUUUCAGGCCAAGAUCACCGAUUCGGGAGUCUACAAAUGUGUGGCGCGAAAUGCUGCCGGCGAGGGAAGCAAGUCGUUCCAAGUGGAGGUGAUUGGUGAGAAAAUUGUGCUGUUUUCGCGCCCGGCCUUUCUAAUUAUUUUUUCGGUGUCUCUCUCCAGUCCCGCUUAAUCUUGACGAGUCGAAAUACAAGAAGAAAGUGUACGCGAAAGAAGGAGAGGAAGUGUUCCUCGGGUGCCCCGUCUCCGGAUACCCAGCACCGAAGAUUAACUGGGUUAUUGAUGGAAACAUCUUUGCUCCUGGAACCGAGUACAAAGGCGCUACUCUUUCUGAUGAUGGUCAAACGGUAAGUGGAUCGGCAGCAACUUUUCUCGAUGUGACAUACAUUUAGCUCCAUUUCUCAAGCGUCAGUGUCAAACAAGACGGCAACUACCACUGUGUCGCGCAGAGCAAAGGCAGCACUUUGGACGUUGACGUGGAGCUCUCCGUUUUGGGUAUACUUUUUAAAACCAAACAUUCACGCAACCGCAACUAUGUGUACAACGCUUCUCUCAAACGUUUCUCGCAAGCAUCAAAAUCGAGACUUUUUGGUUUCUUACCUCAUCAAAUUGAACUAAACUUUGAUGAUUCGUCUGUUUAUACACCUAAGUUUCACUCAUUACCUCCUCCAAAUCUGAAAACCACACCUGCGCCUCGUUUUGAACCAUAUAGGAUUGAUUUGACACUUGAAGAUGUCGUCACACCUUCGCCAAAGCUGCCGGCCAAGAGAAAUAAGCCAUUACGUGGGAAAGGAGCAAGAAAAGUUUGGGAACCACGCCAGAUCAACAUUGUAACGGAUUCGUAGAGCGUUUCUACUAACAGAAAACAUUUCUGGAACAUUUUGUCAGUCCAUUGUUCACUAACUUAUUCCCCAUUCUCAAGCAUAACUGCAUGUGCAUGUUUUCAAAUCUGUCCGACACUUGUCCGCCCGAGAAUGUAUAGCUAUUUUAUUCAACUCCCCCAGUGUCAUUAAUCAAUUUUUCAUAUAUUUAGCAACUCAGUUGUAAUUCAGCUCUCCCGUAACAUGUCAACCCCGCUUCAGUAUUAGUUUCACUUUCAGAUUAGUUUUCUCCCUGUGUUUCUUCCCAGCCCGGUUUUAUUUGUUUUGCUCCUGCUUUUUCCUUCUUUUGCUUGAAUAAACAUGCACUUUUCUUGCACAUGCACAUGCACCACCAGCACGAGCAGCAGCAGCAACAGUAGAAGUGUUCUAAAGUAAUCUAAUCACAUAUCAGUACCAAAAAAAAUGAUCUCGAGAGUAGCGUUGUACACAAAAAUUGACGGGUUUUUACGUGAAACUCGUUCAAUCGGACCUUUACAGCUAUUCCGAUUCUUGGUGAAGAUGAGAAAGCAGAAGUUUUGAUCGGAAAGGACAUUUCGAUGUCAUGCGACCUUUUGUCCGAAUCUGAUGAUAAGACCACUUUUGUUUGGUCUAUUGUAUGUUUCGCAAUUUUUAAAGCAGAUGGGUAUUAUUCAAUUUUACAGAACGGUUCUGAGAGUAUCAGUCAAGAAAAUGUCCAAAUUCCAAGUGACGGGCACCGUUUGUAUAUCACCGCGGCGAAACCUGAGAACAUUGGCGAGUACACGUGUAGAGGUAUACCUAAAUAUACAAAGAUUUUGCGAAAUUUCAAUACAUUUUUUUCAGUGACAAAUUCCGCUGGAAAAGCUGAAAGGAAGACCACUUUAAACGUGCUCGAACCGCCAGUGUUCAUUGAAUCUGAAUAUAACGCAAACGAGAAAUUGAUCGGUGACAAUCCGCUCAUCCUUUCCUGUGCUGUGACCGGAAAUCCAAAGCCGGCAGUGACUUGGAAGAUCGAUGGAAACGAAGCGGACAGCAGCUAUCUUCUGUGAGUCCGCAAAUUAUCUGAAAGUUGUAUCUCUCCUCGAUUUUAAUUAGAUUUUAAAUUGAGAACCCGUUUGUUACAGCGACGAGGCUCUCAUUCGAAUUGAGAAAAUCGACGGCAAAUCGGCUCAGAUUAGUUGUGUGGCUCAGAACAAAGCAGGCGUCAUCUCUCGUGAAUUUUUCGUUCAGAAUAUUGAACCACCCAAAUUCAAGGAUGACGGUGAUAGCAGCACUACCGUAAGUUGAUGCGCAUAUGUAAACUGUGUUAGAAAAAUGAGUUUCAGUUCCGUGAAGGUGAUACGAUCACUCUGGAUUGUCCAGUUUCUCUGGGAGACUUCCAAAUCACGUGGAUGAAGCAAGGAGUACCACUUUCUGUGAGUAGAGCUAAGAGCAUUUUGAAAAUAAAAUGGAAGAAAUUCAGGGCGGAGAAGAGAUUCUCACUCUCGACAGCACUCGUCUCUCCAUCUUGAACGCCGGCCGUCACCACGAAGACGUGUACACCUGUGUCGCCAACAACACUGCGGGACAGGUGUCGAAGGAUUUCGGAGUGGUCGUGCAAGCAGUUCCUAAGAUCGAGAACGCUUUGAUGACAAUCGAACUGAAUGAGGGAGAGGAAAUCGCUUUAAACUGUGACGCAGAGGGAAAUCCACAGCCAACCGCCACCUGGGAGUUCAACCAGAAGUCCCUUCCAUCUGAGGCCCUAUUCGUGAACAACAAUUACUCCGUUGUCAUCAAGAACGUCACCAAGGAUCACAGUGGAGUGUACAAGUGCUAUGCCACCAAUGAAGUUGGUCAGGCUGUCAAGACUAUCAACGUUCAUGUGAGAACGAAACCAAGAUUCAUCACAGGAGAAACCGAAGUGGAGGCUACUGUCAACGUGACCAGAUCGAUCACUUUGGAAUGCGAUGUGGACGACGCGAUUGGAGUGACAAUCAGCUGGACUGUACAUGGAAAACCAUUUUUGGCAGAGACCGAUGGAAUUCAGACCCUCAGUGGUGGACGGUACCUCCAUAUCAACUCGGCCAAGACUGCCGAUCACGGAGCUUAUGCCUGUACUGUCACUAAUCAAGCCGGAGUUUCCACCAAGAACUUCAACCUUCAUGUGCAAGUUCCACCGACUAUUGUGAAUGAAGGAGGAGAGUACACAGUUAUUGAGAACAAUUCUCUCGUUCUUCCCUGUGAAGUUGCCGGAAAACCACGUCCGAUUGUGACUUGGACCAAAGAUGGAAAACCAUUGGGAGAUCUGAAAUCCGUUCAAGUUCUGUCCGAAGGCCAGCAGUUCAAGAUUGUGCACGCUGAGAUUGAUCACAAAGGAUCGUACAUCUGCCGUGCUAAGAACGACGUUGGAACUGCCGAAAUCAACUUUGACGUUGACGUCAUCAGUAAGUAAAAAACGAUCGUCAUAGUAAAGUAAUAACUGUUUUCAGCUCGUCCACUGAUCCAGAAGGGAAUCAAGGACUCGCUCGCUGUUAUCAAGGGUCAUACGGCCGUAUUCAAGUGCCCUAUCGAGGAUGACAAGAACUUUAGAGGAAACAUCAUGUGGUUGUUCAACUGGAAGCCGAUUGAAUGGUCCGAUAAGAGAAACUCUCUUACCCACCAGGACCGUCGAUUGCAAAUCACAAAGUAUAAAAAAGUUCUUUAGAGAUUGAAUGCCCAAUAUCCAAUUUUUCAGCGCGACAGAAUCCGACGAAGGACCGUACAGUUGUCGUAUCAAGAACGAUGCUGGAGAGAGCAAUUUCGACAUCAAGCUGAUUGUUCACGUCCCACCAACUAUUGUGAUGUUGGAGAAGGACAAGAACAAGACGGUGCUCGAGAACCAGAGUGUCACUCUUUCCUGCCCAGCCACCGGAAAACCAGAACCAGACAUCUCAUGGUUUAAGGACGGAGAAGCGAUCCAUGUCAACAACAUCAAGGACCUCAUCCCAUCCGCCGAAAUUGUUGGAAACGAGCUCAAGAUCGCCAGAAUCAAGGAAUUCGAUUCGGGAAGAUACACUUGUGAAGCUGACAACGUGGCUGGAAGUGCUGAGCAGGAUGUCAAUGUUAAUGUGAUGACGGUACCGAAGAUUGAGAAAGACGGAAUCCCAUCGGACUAUGAGUCUCAACAAAACGAGCGUAUUGUCAUUUCCUGUCCAGUUUACGCGAAACCAGCAGCCAACAUCACCUGGCUCAAGGCCGGAAAGCCUUUGCAGUCCGACAAGAACGUCAAGACCAGCGCAAACGGUCAGAAGCUCUAUCUGUUCAAACUGCAACAAAGCGAUUCGAGCAAAUACACGUGUGUGGCCACGAACGACGCUGGAACGGACAAGAGAGACUUCAAGGUCAGCAUGCUGGUUGCUCCGUCCUUCGAUGAGCCCAACAUUGUCCGUCGAAUCACCACAAACGCCGGAAAACUGUCCACACUUCAUUGUCCGGCCAGAGGAAGUCCGACCCCCAAAAUUACAUGGUAAAAGAGAUUCCUGAAAAACCCUGAGAAAAUUGAAUCUCUUUCAAGUCCCCUUUCAAUUUAAAUGGCAUUGGAAAAAAAGAAAGGCUAGGGAUAGAAUUGAAAAUUUAUUUGCCGUCCGACAAAUCUCGACGACGAAAACAAAUUGCCUCAUUUGAAAGACAAAUGGAAUUUAGAAAAUAGAAAAUGGAAUUGGCUCUAGAAUUUUGAUGAAGUCACAGAACGAACCUGAAUAACAUUCCAUUCAUUUCAGGCUCAAAGAUGGAAUCACAAUCGAACCGAACGAUAGAUUCGUGCUUUUCGACGGAGGAAGACAACUUCAGAUCAGUAACACCGAGGAAUCGGAUCAAGGGCGCUACACUUGCAUUGCCACGAACUCUGUGGGAUCUGACGACUUGGAGAACACGCUGGAUGUUAUUGUACCGCCUAUUAUCAGUGGAGAACUCAAAGACGCAAUUUCGGUGACGGAAGGAUUCGCGGCAGAACUUCUCUGUGAGAGCAGCAGCAUCGGUAUGGAUGUUGAAUGGCAGAAGAACGGACAGACAAUCAGUCAGGAGACUCUCCGUGGAGACAGUUUCAUCCAAAUUCCAUCAUCCGGAAAGAAACUGAGCUUCCUGUCUUCUCGUAAAAGCGACUCGGGAAGAUACACGUGUAUCAUGCGAAACGCUGCUGGUGAAUCCAGAAAAGUCAUCGACUUCACCGUCAACGUCCCGCCAACUAUCAAUGACGACCUCUCGUCUGUAAACGUCCAAACAAUCAUUCCUGAAACGGAUCUGGAACUGAAAUGUGUUGUGUCAGGAUCUCCGUAUCCAAAGGUACAGUAUGAAAACGUUUUUAUUUUGCGAAAGUCAAUUUAGUCGAUGAAAGAAAGUCAUCACAGUUCAAACAUGAUACAAAAAACAAUUUGGGAUUUGCGGGGGUUUUGUGAGAGGUGGUUCUGGGGAUAGAGAUUGAGAAAACUGAAAAAUUCCGUAAGUGAGCAAGCAAUAAAUUAUGAUAACACAAGUUUAGGUGGUCUGGCUGUACGAUGGCAAACCAAUGGAAGCAAAUGAGUUGAUCACAUUCCCGAACAAUGGUGAAACUUUGAAAAUCCAAAAUUCAAAUGUGAACAAUAUGGGAAAGUACACCUGUUUGGCAGAGAACAUUGCAGGAAAAGCCGUCAAAGAUUUCUCGGUCAGAGUCACAGGUAUUUCAAAAUUUUCAUUUUUCACAUGACACAAAUAACCAUUUUUACAGCCCCUCCCACGUUCACCAACGAAAUGGAACUGGUGGAGGUUCGCAAUGGAGACACAGUGAUUCUCACUUGUAACGUGAUUUCGUCUGCUCCAGUCACUGUCUCAUGGAUGAUCAAUGGACAAUGGGAGGAGGACAGAACUUUUGCAAAGAACUGGGCGCACAACGACAGAACUCUCAACAUUACUGACGUUGACCCGACUAAUCAAGGACGGUAUGCCUGCAAAGCAGUCAAUGAGGCUGGUUCUAGUGCAAAGAACUUUGAGCUCAAAGUUUAUGGUCAGAAAAUUAGUUGGAAUUUGCCUAAUACUUGAAUUGCUUUCAGUCAUUCCAAAAUUCUACGACACCCAAACGGAAUACCCGAUCAUUCUCGGAAAGACUCUGCAACUCGAUUGCUCUUCACUGGGAAUACCAUUCCCAACCCUUUUGUGGAUGAAGGCAAGUCCAGCUCACAAAGUAUUAUCACAGCUAAGCUUGGAGUUGUUGCAUACAUAG